AAUAUGGGCACGGCCAAUAGGAAAGCUGUUGGGCUGGCGCUUCCGGGUUGUGCUGCGAGGCGUGCAGACAAACGGGGACUCUAAGUCACGUGUAACAGCGACUCGGCCAAUGGAAAUGCUCGAGCACCCGGAAACGGGGAAGAAGCAGAGGGAAGGGCGGAGAUGCUUGUCACGUGCUGCCAAUAUAGACAAAGCAGGCCCUCCCCCUAGUCUCCCAGGUUCAGGCGCGUGCCACGAGAGCCCAGAAAAGGAAGGCGGGGCUAGCCCGAAACACCAAUGGAAGCGAGAGUGGGCGGGCUCGCGCUUAGGUGCAGGAGGCGGGGCUUGCCCAGCCGGGCCAAUGAGAACACUAGGCGCUGGACGGUUGUUAGGCACGGGAGCCCGGCGCAUGGCUGACGCGGUACUGUUCGAGUUUCUGCACACGGAAAUGGUAGCGGAGCUGUGGGCGCAAGAUCCGGACCCCGGUCCCGGGGGACAGAAGGUGAGCCUGUCGGUCCUGGAGGGCAUGGGCUUCCGCGUGGGCCAGGCCCUGGGCGAGAGGCUGCCCCGGGAGACGCUAGCCUUCAGGGAGGAGCUGGACGUCCUCAAGUUCCUAUGCAAAGACGUGUGGGCGGCCGUGUUCCAGAAGCAGAUGGACAGCCUGCGCACCAAUCACCAGGGGACCUACGUCCUGCAGGACAACAGCUUUCCCCUUCUCAUCCGGAUGGCCUCGGGUCUGCAGUACCUGGAGGAAGCGCCCAAGGUAAGUUCCAGGUGGUGAUCCAGAGAUCCUGAGGGAGCCCCAGGCCCCACCCCCAGCCGAGCCUCACGCCACCCCAUCCCGAGGACCCAGAUGCUGCCCGUGCUGGUGGCUGGUGCUGGGGAGACGGGGUCCCACCGCUUCAGGGCCUCACAAGCGCUCAACAAAUGGGUGUCAUAGGGAGGUGGGGGUGUCCCAGGGGCAAGGUGGGCCCCGCCCCAGUCGGGGCUGGCGUGGAGGGAGCCCGCAUCGGACACGUCCCUCCGCACGGCAGGUGCUCAAUAAAGGUUCUGUACAUGGGACCAGA